AUGGUUCAGGAUUCUGUAUUUUACGUGCGUGAGGUGGCUUUGGACGACUUGAAACACAACGUUUCUGCUCAUGCCGUUAUUAAUGGCGCUUACCGUUCUGAAGGCGGCUGGACCACAGAAAAGGACCUAGUAAGUGGUGAACGAGUGACACUGCAAGACGUUGAAGACUUUGUUCGUACCAACGGCAAGCCAAACACCUUACUAUAUGCGUUUGAUGCUACCCCCGGUGACUCAGAGACAGUGGUUGGCACUGUGCAGAUCCAAGCUAUGCAAGGAGGACAAGAGGCUGAAUUAGGGCUGUUUUCAGUCUCUCCAGCUUAUCAAAGUCGUGGUGUAGGUGGCCGGCUUGUACGGGCCGCUUUUGAACGGAUGAAGGAUUUGGGUUUUACAGUGGCAGUGAUUCAUGUGUUGGAAACCAGAGUAGAGCUGUUGACCUGGUACCGUAAACUCGGAUUUGAAGAGACUGGUGAGAGAAUACCCUUUGUCUGGCCGGAGAUGCUCAAGGUCAAGGAUGUUUGCUUUAUUACCUUGAAGAAGAAGCUCGUAUAA